CAUUAGCUUCCAUACCCCGCAGAAUUCAAAAACGAUUUAUUUGUUCGUGAUGUAUAGUGAACAAACAAAGACAAGUAUAAAUACCGUGCAGCGAUAGUAACCAGGUACACAAAUAAUUUUCGUCGAGACCAUAACGUUUCACAGAAUAAAUCAAAAUGCGUGAAUGUAUCUCUAUCCAUGUCGGCCAAGCCGGGGUCCAGAUCGGCAAUGCCUGUUGGGAGUUGUACUGUCUCGAGCACGGGAUCCAGCCCGACGGUCAGAUGCCAAGUGACAAGACUAUCGGAGGUGGUGAUGAUUCCUUUAACACAUUCUUCAGUGAAACUGGAGCCGGGAAACAUGUACCCAGAGCUGUUUUUGUGGACCUGGAACCAACAGUAGUCGAUGAGGUUCGUACCGGCACCUAUCGUCAGCUGUUCCACCCCGAACAGCUCAUUACUGGAAAGGAGGACGCUGCCAACAACUACGCUCGUGGUCACUACACCAUUGGUAAAGAGAUCAUUGACUUGGUUCUCGACAGAAUCCGUAAACUUGCUGAUCAAUGUACUGGUCUUCAAGGCUUUCUGAUCUUCCACUCUUUCGGUGGCGGUACUGGUUCUGGAUUCGCCUCCCUUCUCAUGGAACGCCUCUCCGUCGACUAUGGAAAGAAAUCUAAACUGGAAUUCGCCAUUUACCCCGCUCCACAGGUAUCUACGGCAGUCGUUGAACCGUACAAUUCCAUCCUUACCACCCAUACAACCCUAGAGCACUCUGAUUGCGCCUUCAUGGUUGACAACGAGGCUAUCUACGACAUCUGUCGCCGUAAUUUGGACAUCGAGAGACCAACAUAUACCAAUUUAAACAGACUGAUCGGCCAGAUUGUUUCCUCAAUCACUGCCUCUCUGAGAUUUGAUGGCGCCCUCAACGUCGACUUAACUGAGUUCCAGACCAACUUGGUACCGUACCCACGUAUCCACUUCCCUCUCGCCACAUACGCCCCUGUCAUCUCCGCUGAGAAGGCCUAUCAUGAGCAACUGUCUGUGGCUGAAAUCACGAACGCAUGUUUCGAGCCAGCUAACCAGAUGGUAAAGUGCGAUCCUCGUCAUGGCAAGUACAUGGCCUGUUGUAUGUUGUACAGAGGUGAUGUUGUCCCCAAGGACGUCAAUGCCGCCAUUGCUACCAUCAAGACCAAGAGAACUAUUCAGUUUGUUGACUGGUGUCCAACAGGAUUCAAGGUCGGCAUCAACUACCAGCCACCAACUGUCGUACCUGGAGGUGAUCUUGCCAAGGUCCAGCGUGCUGUAUGCAUGUUGAGCAACACAACAGCUAUCGCUGAAGCCUGGGCUCGUCUUGACCACAAGUUUGACUUGAUGUAUGCUAAGAGAGCGUUUGUUCAUUGGUACGUUGGUGAGGGUAUGGAGGAAGGAGAGUUCUCCGAGGCUCGUGAAGAUUUGGCUGCCCUCGAGAAGGACUACGAGGAGGUCGGAGUUGAUUCUGUGGAAGGUGAAGGCGAAGAAGAAGGAGAAGAAUAUUAGAAUAUUUAAAGACUUGUUCCAUCUGACCAAAUCUAGAAAAUUACGUUAGCAAUAUCAUUAGCACUAUCAUACAAAGAACGUUCUUGACUCAAUAGUAUGGAACAUAAAUUCAGAUUCCUACAUGUAAAACAUUAAGAUAAUAAAUAAAGAAUCGUGUUUUCAUGUUAUAUUGUUAAUAUUCAUAGAGAGAAACAUGUGCGGAUGCAGUUUAAAGAGAUAUUAUUCUAUAUACAUGUACUUAAUAAAAUGCAGUAUAUAAACUA